CUUUCUUUUUGCAUUUUAUUUUUGGAGUAAGAAGCAUUGAUAUGACUUCGGGUACGGACUACGAUAAAACUCGCUACCAAAGCGGUCACUUUCGUCCGUUCUCCCGAUCGAAUACGGCCUAUUCUGCAAUGAGUGAAUGGGUUAAGAUGCAAAAUAGGAUUGACAUGAGGAGACCUCUCUCGAAAACCUUACCUGCAAUUCCUAAAGUAAGAUUUCUUCUUUAUUCUUUUCCUAACAUUUUCAGGCCUGUAAGUAGGCAAUUUUCGGAGCCUAGAAGCUAUGCUCCCGAUGCUAAUCAUCGCAGUCAUUUUUGGGGAUUCCUUCCUCAUACGAGAAAAAUACGCAAAUGCUUAUGGAACGAGGAGGAGGAGGAUGUAGAUCCGGAGAAAGAGUUUUGUGGUUGCCGUAAUCCUGACACAUGCAAACACGCAUGGGAGAAAUGGGAAAAGCAAGUGGCCGAUCUCGCCACCAAAAUGAAACCGUCCAGACCAAAAUCAGCACCGCCAACAGCUAAUAGUUAUUUAUUUUCCCAGGAAGAUCAUGCACGAACUGAGCACGGUCGAAAAUACGAAGAGCUCAUCCAGAAGGUUGCAUACAGAUAUCCUGAUUACGGUCCGGCCAAGGAGCGUUACGGUAGUCAUGGAUCUUGUUGGAGAAACGUCAAAGAGGUAAUGGGCCAUGGAGGACAUAGAGUUUGUUACGUCGACGGCUUGGUUCGUUUGUACGACGAAGCCAAAUUUCCACCAUCGGCUGGUCCUCUUAGUUUUCGUCAAAAUUGGAGAUCGUUGAACACUCCUCAAUUUGGUCCAAAUCGACACGAUGUAAGCAGUUAUGGUAGAAGAUUAGAAAGAGAGCGAAGUAUGAAAAACUACGAUCCUUCACUGUCAACCCAAGAAUAUCGUAGUUACCUUAGAUAUUAA